GUUAUCGGUAUAUUUUACGGUUGUUAAAACGGUCAUACUGCACCCCGCACUGUACUGUUGGACAGUACUGUUUGACAAUUAUAAACAUAUUGAGAUUUUAAAUGUUAAACAAUUGCCUUAACAAAAUCCGUCACAUAUAAAAUAUACAUAAUACCAUUCUUAAACAAAAUAUGUUUUCUGUGACUUGUGUAGCUCCUGUAAAUAUAGCUCUAAUUAAAUAUUGGGGAAAACGCAACGAAGAUCUGAUACUUCCUAUUAACGAUUCUGUCAGCAUGACUUUAAGCACAGCUGAGCUGUGCGCCAAGACAACAAUAACUGCGUCCAAAAGCUUUUAUUCGAACAUAAUGUGGCUAAAUGGCAAAGAAGUUCCGUUUGAAGAAAAUACACGAAUUUCGCGAUGUUUAAAUGAAGUUCAUCGCCUGGCUAUACGUACUGGUUCUCAAAAAAUACCACUGUCAUGGAAAAUUCACGUUGAGUCUUUUAAUAACUUUCCUACCGCAGCAGGACUGGCUUCAAGCGCCGCUGGUUAUGCUUGUUUGGUUUAUUCAUUAGCUUGCUUGUACGGCAUUUCCUUAAAUGAUGAGUUAACUACUGUAGCUCGACAAGGAAGUGGGUCGGCAUGUCGCAGCUUAUAUGGUGGAUUCGUCCAAUGGCAUCGAGGAAAUUUAGAUAGUGGAUUGGACUCUGUCGCUAAACAAGUUGUGUCAUCAACAUUUUGGCCAAAUAUGCAUGUGAUUAUUUUAGUCGUCAAUGAUCAACGUAAAAAUACUGGUUCUACGCUAGGAAUGCAACGUUCUGUUCAAACGUCUCAACUAAUUCAGUAUCGUGCUGAUAAAAUAGUCCCCGAAAGAGUGAAUCAAUUAAAAUCAGCAAUUCACAAACGUGACUUUGAUACGUUCGCUAAGAUUACAAUGACAGAGUCGAAUCAAUUUCAUGCUAUCGCUUUGGACACUUAUCCUCCGUGUGUUUAUAUGAACGAGGUAUCACAUGCAAUUGUGUCGUUUGUUCACGCUUUUAAUGAAUUAAUGGGAAGCUUGCAUGCUGCUUAUACCUUCGAUGCCGGGCCCAACGCGUGCUUGUAUGUUUUGAAAGAGAAUAUUUCAAAGGUGAUGUAUGCAAUAAAUAAAGCAUUUCCAAAUGAUUUAAUGGAAAGUUCAGACUACAUAAGAGGUAUUUCCUUAUCAAAUCUGGACAUAAAAACAGAAGACAAUAGCUUUCGGAAAAAGAUGGAAUUGUUAAAAAUUCAACCAGAAAAUGCAUUGAAGUAUAUAAUUCACACAAAAGUUGGAGAUGGCCCUCGACUCCUCAGAGCUAAUGCACAUUAAUUCAAAAAGAAAUCUUAUUCUAUAUGAAUGCCUUAUAUGAAUUAAAGCCUUUAACCUUUUAGCUUUAAGUUGGAUAUGUCCCGCGACUCCUAAGAGAUAAUGGACGUUGAUUCAAAAAACUUCGUAUUCUAUAUGAAUGCCUUAUAUGAGCCUUUAACUUUUUCUUUUUAUUUAAUUUUUUUGGUAGUAGGUAAAAGGUAGUAGUGGUAGUAGUUUAGCAUCUUAAGUUUAAAUAUUCACUUAAAAAUUUAACUUAUUAAAAUAAUGUGCUGGGUUGAAUAAAAACUUUGUUCUGUUAAACACAGUGAAAUAAUUAUUUA